AUGUUUUCAUGGAGAAUUUUGCUACUGUUCUUACUUCUUUGCAUUCUUGGAAUCGAUGUAGCAUUCAGUACUUCAGCCAAAAUUGGCAAAGGCUACCAUUUGAUUUCAAUUGAAAAUGCCCCCAAUGGCGGCCUUGUAGGGCUUCUUCAAGCCAAGCAGAAAAAUAAUAUCUAUGGUCCUGAUAUUCCUCUCCUGCAGCUCUAUGUUAAGCAUGAAACGGGUACCCGUUUAAGGGUUCACAUUACUGAUGCAAAAAAGCAAAGAUGGGAGGUUCCUUACGAUCUUUUACCAAGAGAAAAGCCUCCUACAGUGAAACAAACGUCUGGUAGAUCUCUACAGAAUUCAUACACACCAAAAGCUAAAGAAUAUGCAGGAAGUGAGCUAAUAUUUAGCUACACAAUAGAUCCUUUCACUUUUUCUGUAAAAAGAAAAUCAAACGGUCAGACCCUUUUUGAUUCUAGAUCAGAAGAAUCAGACCCUUAUAGUGAUUUGGUAUUUAAAGAUCAGUAUCUUGAGAUUUCCACAAAAUUGCCUAAAGAUGCUUCACUCUAUGGUUUGGGAGAAAACACACAGCCCCAUGGGAUCAAAUUGUAUCCAAAUGAUCCUUACACUUUGUACACUACUGACAUCUCAGCCAUAAAUCUAAAUGCUGAUUUAUAUGGUUCUCACCCGGUGUACAUGGACCUGAGGAAUGUGAAUGGUGAGGCCUCUGCCCAUGCUGUUCUGUUGUUGAACAGCAAUGGGAUGGAUGUGUUUUACAGAGGGAAUUCUUUGACAUAUAAAGUGAUUGGAGGUGUUUUUGAUUUUUCAUUCUUUUCUGGUCCUACACCCCUCUCUGUAGUUGAUCAGUAUACAGCUUUCAUAGGCAGGCCAGCUGCAAUGCCCUACUGGGCUUUUGGUUUCCAUCAAUGCAGAUGGGGUUACCAUAAUUUAUCAGUAGUUGAAGACGUGGUCGAGAGUUAUAAGAAGGCUAAAAUUCCACUAGAUGUUAUAUGGAAUGAUGAUGAUCACAUGGAUGGACACAAGGAUUUCACCCUUAACCCGACCAACUACCCUCGUCCAAAACUGUUGGCAUUCUUAGACAAAAUUCAUGCUCGAGGCAUGAAGUACAUUGUCAUCAUAGAUCCUGGAAUUGGUGUCAACAAGAGUUAUGGUGUCUACCAAAGGGGCCUAGCCAAUGAUGUCUUCAUUAAGUAUGAAGGUAAGCCGUACCUUGCCCAAGUCUGGCCAGGAGCGCUUAACUUCCCGGACUACCUUAACCCAAAAACUGUUGAAUGGUGGGGUGAUGAAAUCCGUCGUUUCCAUGAACUUGUACCUGUGGAUGGUUUAUGGAUUGACAUGAACGAAGCUUCCAACUUCUGUAAUGGUCUUUGUACACUCCCGGAAGGCAGGAUUUGUCCCAAUGGAACCGGUCCUGGUUGGAUAUGCUGCCUCGACUGCAAGAACGUAACAGCAACCAAAUGGGACGAUCCACCUUACAAGAUAAAUGCUUCUGGAAUACAGGCACCAGUUGGGUACAAAACCAUAGCCACUAGUGCCUAUCACUAUAAUGGUGUACUAGAAUAUGAUGCCCACAGUAUUUAUGGUUUUUCACAAUCAGUUGCAACGCAUAAAGCUCUUCAAGGGCUACAGGGAAAACGCCCAUUUAUACUAUCACGAUCGACAUUUGUUGGCUCAGGCCACUAUGCUGCACACUGGACAGGGGAUAAUAAGGGAACGUGGAAGGACUUGAAGUACUCAAUUUCUACAAUGCUGAAUUUUGGAAUCUUUGGGGUUCCUAUGGUGGGUUCAGAUAUAUGUGGAUUCUAUCCAGCACCUACAGAAGAACUCUGCAACCGUUGGAUUGAACUGGGCGCAUUCUACCCCUUCUCGAGGGAUCAUGCAAACUACUACUCUCCAAGGCAGGAGCUUUACCAGUGGAAAUCAGUGGCUAUUUCUGCUAGGAAUGCUUUAGGAAUGAGAUAUAAGCUUCUUCCAUAUCUGUACACAUUGAACUAUGAGGCGCAUACUACAGGAGCGCCAAUUGCUCGACCACUAUUUUUCACUUUUACGAAUGAGACGAGAAGCUAUGGAUUGAGCACCCAAUUCCUGCUUGGCAGCAGUCUAAUGGUGUCUCCCGUGCUAACGAAGGGCAAAAGUGAGCUCAAAGUGCUCUUCCCCCCGGGGAGUUGGUACAACAUAUUUGAUAUGACACAAGUCAUUGUAUCAAAAGAAUCGCAUUUCCUCACACUCGAUGCACCUCUUCAUGUGAUUAAUGUGCAUUUGUAUCAAAAUGCCAUAAUCCCAAUGCAGCAGGGAGGAUUGAUAUCUAAAGAAGCAAGAAUGACUCCUUUUACCCUCAUUGUAACAUUCCCACUUGGAGCACAUUCAGGAGAAGCCAAAGGGAAUCUAUUCCUUGAUGAGGACGAGCUCCCAGAAAUGAAACUCGGAAAUGGUUAUUCGACUUACGUUGAUCUCCAUGCAACAGUCAGCAAGGGAAUGGUGAAGGUUUGGUCAGAUGUUCAAGAGAACAAGUUUGCAUUGGAGAAAGGUUGGAUCAUUGAAAAGGUAACAGUACUGGGUUUGAAAGGAACCGGAGGUUCCAUUGAAAUCAACAUUGACGGAAAUCCAGUCGAUGAUAUCUCCAAGGUGGAGUUUAGCGCUGCAGAACACAAGUAUCCAAAUAAACUCGAAGAGGGUAGUGAUAAAAUGAAGAGUGUGAUGGUGGAUGUUAAAGGCCUAGAAUUGCCUGUUGGGAAGAAAUUUGCUAUAUCCUGGAAAAUGGGAAUCGAAGCUUGA